UUAUUUUGUCGUCACCGUCAGGCGCCAUAUUGGUUCCCCUGAAGCUUAAUUCUCUGUCAGGUUGUGAAGACAAAAGUCUCCAGAAAUGCUCUCUAAAUUAAUAGGACAGAAAUAUGUCUCUAUUGGAAAGGCGUGGAUUCCCACGCUGACCGUAUGGGGAGGUGUUGCAGGCAUUGGAAUAAUCCACUUUACAGACUGGCGACUGAUCCUGGACUAUGUUCCCUACAUCAACGGCAAGUUCAAGAAGGACUAGAUGUGUGCGGACAGCUGUGUCCAAUGUUGUGCUGCUGAGGGAAAGAUCAAGAUGGACAUCCCAACCCGGAGUUAACGGAAGAUUCAUGCUCUGCUGCAUGCACGGGCUUCAUCAACGUCUUUCUUUUGUUUAACAGUUCUGAUAUGAUUUCUUUUUGGGACAGUCCAUCUUCCUAGUUCUUUUGUUGCUUCAAUUUUGGUUGUAAAUGUAAAUUAAAGCAAUUCUUGUGAUACAAA